GAAACUUGACUUGGAAUCACACUCGAUAGGACCCUACAACUUCUUUCGAAGGUGGUUUCUGAAAAUGAAGAUAGAGAUAACCCUUAAAUCAUUAGGACGUCUUUUCUAUAUCGUAGACCCGAGAGAAGAAACCUUUGAGAAAGUUGAGGAUGUUCCAGAUUAUGUGACUGAGGUUUUGCCACUCUUUUUAAUCUUAAUGUUCAUCGAAAUAUUGAUAUCAUUGUGGAAAAAGAAACAUAGCUACUCAUUGCUUGACUCCAUUGGCUCCAUAUCGCAAGGAAUUUGCUCUGAAUCUACAAAAUUACUGUUUAAAGGUGUUCCACUUGCAGCUUACAUUUGGAUCUAUGAUAACUGGCGUGUUACAGAUCUUCCAUGGAAUUCUAUUUGGACUUGGCUUAUUUGUUUCAUUGGAGUAGACUUUGGGUACUAUUGGCUUCACAGGGCAAGUCAUGAGAUAAAUAUCUUAUGGGCAGCUCACCAAGUCCACCACAGCUCUGAGCAUUAUAAUGCAACUACUGCUGUACGACAGUCAAUUUUACAAAACUAUUUAACUUGGAUGUUCUAUCUGCCCUUAGCUCUGGGAAUUCCCCCAUCUAUCUUUCUGGUUCAUCAGCAGUUUAAUCUCAUCUACCAGUUCUGGAUUCACACAGAGCUUAUCAGUAGCCUGGGACCACUGGAAUACAUUUUUAACACUCCUAGUCACCAUCGUGUCCAUCAUGGUCGCAACAGAUACUGUAUUGAUAAAAAUUAUGCUGGAACUUUCAUUAUCUGGGAUAGAAUAUUUGGUACAUUUGAGUGUGAAAAUGAUGAAGUUGUAUAUGGUGUAACCCAUCCAGUAACUACAUUUGAUCCCUCUUAUAUACAGUUAGGUCACUUCAUACACAUCUUCAAAACUUUUUGGGAAGUGAAAGGAUUUAAUAACAAGUUAUCAGUGCUGUUCAAAGGUCCAGGAUGGACUCCAGGAAAACCUCGUCUUGGAUUGAUAGAAGAUAUCCCUGAUGUACGUGCUCCUCAUGAUAGGUAUAACCCACACCUUCCAACGUGGUGUAAGGUGUAUGUUCUUGUACACUUUUCCUUAAUAUUGGCUGCUUUCAUGGACCUGGCAGAUAGACAUGGUAGCUUCAAUCAGCUGACAGUGAUAUGCGGAUUAAUGUACUGCAUGCUCUCUCUGACAUCUUUUGGAUCCAUCAUGGACAAGAAGCAUUGGGCACCAUUAGUGGAAUUUGCUCGCUGUCUCUUGUACUAUACUGUGGACCUCUAUUUCUUACCUUCCGAAGAAAGCUCAUAUUAUGUGUUCGUCAUGGCUUUGCGAGCUGUAUUUCUUUUUUCAGCUCUGCUUUGGACUUUAUGUCUUGUGCAAGUUCUUUCACUUAAAUUUCACAAAAAGAUUAAAUGAGAAAAGCCUGUUCAUGUUACUUUAUGAAUGAAAUCACUGAGAUAAUUACAGUUACAGUGGAUUAAAAUGUUAAGUAAGUGACAAGACCAAGCUGAUAUAUACAGUCAUUUAUUAGUCUUUGAUACUGAUGUAAAAAAAAUGGAUUAAGAUAUACAGGUAAUCACAUCUUGUUAUAACAUCUAUGAAUGCACUUUAUCAAACUUUUCCAACAUAUAUGUAAUAGUGAGGAGUAUAUUUGUAUAAUAUUUUUGUUUUAAUUAUUCUAUAAAAAAUAAUUAAUUAACGUAUUUGAGGAACGUGCAAAGCUACCUACUAUAAAAGUCCAGCUUGAAUGGUUUUAACAAUUUUCCUUUUAGAGAAUUAAAUUAUAAGAACUGUUUGGUUUAUUUGUAAGUGCUUCAUUUUGUGUUCUAGCCCACAGUUUAUACAUUUUUAUGAAAGAGUUAAGCCAGUUAAAUGUAAUUAAUGUUUUAUUAUUGUCUUUAUUUGGGGGGGGGGGAUAUUUCAAAAUUUUCUAGAACACCUGAUAUUCUGAGCAAUAAUGACUUUUUUCAAGCUUUUUUCUUCUUCUUUUAUGUAGUCUCUGAUUCUGAAAAUAUUUAUUUUGAACAUCCAUGUUGAUAUGAUAUUGAAAUUGCUCAACAGAAAUUUUGAGAGUUGGAGAUUGAAUAAAAACUUGAAAAAGUCAUUAUUACACAGAUUUAUUAACGAUAAGAUUAACUAAAAAGCACUUAAUGGUUCAGGUUCUCUGAGAGUUGUAACAUUUUAUUUAGGUAUAGUCAUAGCUUAACAUAAAAAUUCACUACAAAUAAACUGUUAAGCAUACACACUUUUUAAUAUUAAAUCUGGGUAAGUGUACCUCUUUGAUUUCUGAGCACCAGAAGCAUUGCUAGGUGCUUAAAAGAUUCGGGGUUUGGGCCCAUAGGCAUGGGAAUUUUUGGCAUUUCAGUGUGAUAUCGAUCAUUGUUUUCUAUUCUGAUCUUUCAAGAGCCUUGGGCCAUGGGUCGGGAAUUUCUGGCAUUUCACUAUGAUAUCGAUCAUGGUUUUCUAUUCUGAUAUUUCAAGAGCUUGAACCCACAGGCAUGGGAAUUUAUGGCAUUUCAGUAUGAUAUCGAUCAUGGUUUUCUAUUCUGAUAUUUCAGGAGCUUGAACCCACAGGCAUGGGAAUUUCUGGCAUUUCACUAUGAUAUCGAUCAUGGUUUUCUAUUCUGAUAUUUCAAGACACCAACUGGAAAUUUUGGGCACUGUUAAAUAGAAUCAAGGCACACGCCCCAUGUACCAGUGCCUAGUGACACUUCUGCUGAGUGCUGUAAAAAAUGGGAAACACAAUAUGAUUCAUGUUAUUUGUACCCAGUUUAAAAUUGUGAUCUAAUGCAGUGGUAUGUUUUGAGUAAUCAACAAUUUGUAUUAAGUAAAAUGUUAUGUGAUGUUAAAUUCACAUUCCUUUGCAAUAAAUCUAUUUAACGUGUGUAUUGCUGACAAUCAAUGAAUGGAAAUAAAGUUGUAAUUCCAAGGGAAUCAAAACUUUUAAUGUGCCUAUUUAAUGUUGGUAUUCUUGUUUAAUGUUCAGUAUUCAGCAUUUUUAGUAUUUAAGCACGUUGGCCACAGAAAUAUUUCCCAUCGUGUAGAGUUAACACUGUGUAAAUGGAAAAAUGAUUCUAAAUUGUUGUGAAAUGAAAUGAAUUUUUAGUUUUCUGAUUGGCCGUGCGGUGCAUGACUUGUAUGCCCUGACCAUAAUCCAAACUAUUUAAACCAAAAUUGUAAUGGUUCAAAUGAAUUAACUCUAAAAUCUCUAGCCCUUGAUGUGGUUAGGUAACCCCAAAAUAUCCUACAAUGGGUCAGCAGUAAUCUUGCAGAAUUACAACACUAAAACUUGGAGCUCAUUCCCCAUGGUGUACAUAGUGCAGAUAGCCCAUUAUUUAGCUAUGUACUACAACAAGUAAACAAAAAUUCAAAAUUUAUACUGAACUAAAAAUCUUGUAUUUCUUGAACAUUAUUUAAAGUGAUUAUUAUCUGAACAAUAAGUCAGUCAUUGAACUGCAUAAAUAUUUUCUAAUCUUAUUGUAGGUUAGCCAAUCACUACAUGGAAUUCAGAGUAGCUUUUGACAAGCCUACUUAAUUAUUCUAAAUGAUUAUAUUGUUCUUAUCAUUAUUUGUGUCACUGAAACACUGCAUCAAACAACGAAACAUAUCGGCCAGAAAAAUAAUCAAGAAAUAUAAUUAUGCUAUCUAGUUAUAUCGAGUAUCUAGAUACUAUUUCUUCCAUAUUUUCACCAAUGGGAUGACUAGUGAUAUUGUAAGCACCUGCAAUAUGAGAGGGGUAAUGUUAUUGUUUUUCCAUGUAUAAUGUUGUGGUAUUUGCAAAUACCAUGGGUUUCUGUAUAUCGGUACAAUUAUAGUACAGGUUUCACAUAAUACUUAGUUGAAAAAGCCAUUAACUUGCUUUUGUUUUAAACUACUUUUGUUCCUUUGUUGUUCUUGGAAUGGAUAAUACCUGAUACUGUCCAGGAUGGAUAUUGCUCAAUACAACAUUUUGUGUAAGGGUAUCAACAGUGUUAUUCAGGUAAUGUCUAAAGGUUAUGGUACCAUCUAUAUAGUAAUGAGAAUGAACAGUCCAUUAGUAGCACUAGUUGUCCAGGGUAAAUGCAAAGUUUCUUAUGUGCUAAAAACAUUACAUUUGAUCAGUCUGGUCUGGAACAUCAUUUGAUCAGUACACUCUUGGUCAUAGCUUCAGCUUGAAUAGUUGAAUAUAUGCCCCCUAGUAGCACAGCGGUAUGUCUGCGGACUUACAACACUAGAAACCGGGUUUUGAUACCUAUGGUGGGCAGAGCACAGAUAGCCCAUUGUGUAGCUUUGUGCAUAACUACAAACAAACAAGUUGAAUAUAAAGGAUUCAGUAAUGGUAAUCAUUCUUUGUAAGUAAUGUCAAGUACACAUAUUGUGUUUGUGCUUAAUGUUCAAAUAAAAGUUGUUAAUUUUGUAUUAUA